CAACGGGCGGCUGAGGCCAUGAGCUUCACGCCACCUUUCAUAAGUCUGUGUCAAGGAGGACGACAAGAGGGAUAUAAAUCCAACGGUAUCUCUCCCUUCGACCAGCAUCCAUCAUCCAGCACUCGCAGCACUCACCUAACAAAACAUCACAACCACCAAAUCACAAAUCAACCACCACUCUUCUCAGACCAAGACUCUUCUUGUCAUCCUCUCAAAAUGGGCUUCACCUACUACUCCGGCCCCUCGUCCAACUUCCCGCCCAUGAGCCAGUGGAAGUCGUUCGAGGAGAUCUUCAACCUCAACAAGCCGCAGAUGUUCGCGACGGGCGACACGGGCGAGGACGUGGGCCGGAUCUGGAACGCGGUGCUCGAGUGCGCCAAGCUGGGCGUCGAAGAGCGUGUCAUCUUCGCCAUUAUCAUGCAGGAGAGCACGGGAAACGUGGGCGUGCAGACGACCUACAACGGCGACGGCCACGCCACGGCCGGCCUGAUGCAGUGCGACGGCAGCCCCGGCUACCCAGGCCAGCACGGCCUCUCGCAGGACCAGAUCACCGGCAUGGUCCGCGCCGGCACCCAGCACUUCAAGCAGAACCUGCAGCAGUUCGGCGACGCCGAUAACGCCGAUACCAUCUAUAAGGCCCUGCGCGCCUACAACUCGGGCUCCGUCAACCCGAGCAACCUGAGCGAUGGCCUCGGCGCUACUGCCAGCUAUGUCAGCGACGUCGCCAACCGUCUGUGCGGCCGUCUUCCUUGAGGGGAGAUUUGGAGACUAGUUAGUACUGAGGAGGGGGAUAUUACUAGUAGUCGAGGGGUUGGAAAGUAUGAGUGUUUUUGUCAGAGGAAGGGCUGAGCUUGGAUCGUUCUUUUUGGAUGAAGGGUGCUAGUUUGUGAGUGCAUAGACAAUAGUGUUGAAGAUAGGUACAAUACAUGCUGGCUUAUUUGCACC